AUGAAGCCCUUCAAUCUCCUCAUUGCCUUCAUCGGUCUAUCAAUCAACCGCGUCUCAGCAACCUGCUUCUUUAGCGGCGCCAAAUGGAAUAACCGCACCGCUGCACGUAUGCACGCCUUCAACGCGUGUAAAGGCGAUGGCGUCAACCGCGGUGUUUUCCAAGUCGAGUUUGCCGCUAAGCAAAAGAUCGCCACGUGCGUUCAGUAUUCUGCCACGCAGAGGUUUGUGUUCACGAUUGAGAACCUCGGCGUCGAGAAACCCACGAAACUUGAUCAAGAUCACUGCGUUGGGGGUCUUCACCACGAGAUCCUUGAAUGUGCUCGAGGCGGGAGGUCAAAAUCUGGCCAGUGGCGUUUCAGAGCCGACCCAAAUAAGGGCAUCUGCUAA